CAAUAAUUCCUGCGACAUAUUUUUGUUCUCUAAAGUAGUAAAACAUGUUAGUGCUAAAUACUCAGAUGUCCGUAAGAUGUUUUCAUACAGGUGUGAUUUUAGCGCGAGGAGUUGCAGUACUGAACACGGAAACGAAGCGGUGUGUUCGAAAUCCAAAUAAAUCAAGUCCCUUAACACAUCUGCCGGAUUACACGUUCAUGGAUGGUCGCGUUACACCAUUUGGAGCUAACCAGAAGAAAAGGAUCCUUCAACAGCGUGAAAUAACGAAACAAAUAGUAACACUUUCUAAGGAAAUGGACUUUGCCGUCGAUCGACAUAAUCGCCUAAAAACGGAAGCGGUAGAAAACAGACAAAAACAGAUUGCCGAUAAGCUGAAACCCAAAGGUCAUUUAUUAUUGAAGAAACCAAAGUGAGCUUAUUGGUAUCAAUAAACGUUGUUAGUAGUCGUUAGCUGGCUUGUUGUCGUCGUGUUUCUAUUCGUUCCAUUAGCUUUUGAACACGCUUUCGACAUAG